AUCCGACCUUCUACUAAUUCUAUAGACACACCUAUUUUAUUCGUUCUAAAGAAGGGAGGCGAAUUAUACUUCGUUGUCGACUAUUAUAUAUUCAAUCACAUUAUUUAUAAGAACUAUACUCCUAUUCCUCUAAUCGACAAGAUCCUUAAUCGCCUAUCUUCU